UUGCUGGAAGAAGAAGAAGAAAAAAAGAGCUAGAUAAAGGAGGGUGCAUACCUCUCAGUCUUGUCCAUCCCCAUACCUUACAUAUUUCUGGACCCUUGUUUCUGCGUGACGGUGUCCAGGACCAUUUUGACCCUGUCGGCCCCCGCACCCCCCCGCCGCCCCCCAGCCACGAGCAUGGGGACGGCGCUUCUCCAGCGCGGGGGCUGCUUUCUUCUGUGCCUCUCGCUGCUGCUCCUGGGCUGCUGGGCAGAGCUGGGCAGCGGGCUGGAGUUCCCAGGCGCUGAGGGCCAGUGGACGCGCUUCCCCAAGUGGAAUGCCUGCUGCGAAAGUGAGAUGAGCUUCCAGCUCAAGACGCGCAGCGCCCGUGGCCUAGUGCUCUACUUCGACGACGAAGGCUUCUGCGACUUCCUGGAGCUCAUCCUGACGCGCGGCGGCCGCCUGCAGCUCAGCUUCUCCAUCUUCUGCGCGGAGCCUGCCACGCUCCUGGCCGACACGCCGGUCAACGACGGCGCAUGGCACAAUGUGCGGAUCCGCCGUCAGUUCCGCAACACCACGCUCUUUAUCGACCAGGUGGAGGCCAAGUGGGUGGAGGUCAAAUCCAAGCGCAGGGACAUGACUGUGUUCAGCGGCCUCUUUGUCGGGGGCUUGCCCCCCGAACUGCGCGCUGCAGCGCUGAAGCUCACGCUGGCCUCGGUGAGGGAGCGAGAGCCCUUCAAAGGGUGGAUUCGUGACGUGAGGGUUAAUUCCUCCCAGGCUGUGCCAGUGGACAGCGGCGAGGUGAAGCUGGAAGACGAGCCGCCCAACAGUGGCGGCGGGAGCCCGUGUGAGGCGGGCGAGGAGGGCGAGGGCGGAGUGUGCCUCAAUGGAGGUGUGUGCUCCGUGGUGGACGACCAGGCGGUGUGUGACUGCUCGCGAACCGGCUUCCGCGGCAAGGACUGCAGCCAAGAAGACAACAAUGUGGAAGGUCUGGCGCACCUGAUGAUGGGCGACCAAGGUAAAAGUAAAGGAAAAGAAGAAUAUAUUGCCACUUUCAAGGGAUCUGAAUACUUCUGCUACGACUUGUCUCAAAACCCCAUUCAAAGCAGCAGUGAUGAAAUAACUCUGUCCUUUAAAACCCUUCAGAGGAAUGGACUGAUGCUUCACACUGGGAAAUCAGCUGAUUAUGUCAAUCUUGCCCUGAAAAAUGGAGCUGUCUCUCUGGUCAUUAAUUUGGGAUCAGGGGCCUUUGAAGCACUAGUGGAGCCCGUGAAUGGGAAGUUUAAUGAUAAUGCCUGGCAUGAUGUGAAAGUCACCAGGAAUCUGCGUCAGCACUCAGGCAUUGGACACGCUAUGGUGACAAUAUCAGUGGAUGGGAUUCUUACCACAACGGGCUACACACAAGAAGAUUAUACCAUGCUUGGGUCUGACGACUUUUUCUAUGUUGGAGGCAGUCCCAGCACAGCAGACCUUCCAGGGUCACCAGUCAGUAACAACUUUAUGGGCUGUCUCAAAGAGGGUGGGACUCCAUUAAAGGGCAUAAACCAGAGACAGAGGAGCCAUCUCUGCAGUGGGUCCUAUCUUCACACAUGCUAAGCAGCGUGUAAGCGUGGGAAGAGCUGACGGUCCAGUUGAAGAAGGAUGAGAUUGAAAGUGCGGUUCCUCUUAACUCUGGGUCGUCAUAGUCUGUGUCCUUGUUCUCCAGAAUCCAUAUUCCCUUUUAUUAUAUUAAGAACAGAAAGUGUAUCUGAACCUUCACCAACUUUAUUAGGAAGGAAGUAAAGAAGGGAGGAGAGAGAAAGAGAGACUAAGAGAGGGAGAGAGAACUUCUUUUUGAUAAUCCUCUUUCUUAGUGGAAGAACAAUUCAAAAACAAGAGCCACUAUAAAAAGGUACAUGGUGAUUCAAAGAAAAAAAAUUCGGAAUGGUGAAGAAGCCUGUAAAGAUAAACGUAAUCCUAAAAUAUGGGAGCUUUAUGGAGCUUGAAAGAAAAAAAUAGGAGACGUGAUUUAAUCUAGCUUUCAGUGGAAUUUCCAGGAUGCCAAAACCUUCUCUGAGGAAGAGAUAGCAGAAGAUGUUCACUCUCUCUUUUCUGUCUAUAAACUUGGAAUUUUAUUUACGUAUUUACUUCUUUGGUCCUAAUAUCACAUACCCAAUACAGUACAUGUGUGGUUGUCUGCAUUUUCUAUGGCAUCUAGUUGAUGAAUUCCCCAAAUCUGAAUGAAAUUAGGUGGAAAUCAUUAAAUCUUGGCCAUUCAGAUUCCCCAGUCUUUUCUAUAAGGACAUAAAAUAUUAAAGAAAAAGAAAGGGUAGGAUCAUUUAGUCCUAUUAAAAAUGAAGAGAAAACAGAGGAGACAGUUUUGGCCUUACUGUUCACCACAAGUAGAGAGAAAUAGAUCUUACAAUUUCUGUUACCUGUUUCUCACAGAAUACCUGCCCCCAUCAGCUUCCAUAUUUUUAUUGAUUCCUUCCCUAGCUUCAUGGAGCCAGUGAGCAAGGCCAAAUAUCAAAGAUGUUAUAGUUCUAUUUAGUAACACCUGAUUUGUGUCUAACUAACCAGUGAGAUAAAAUUGCCUCAGGGCAAAGAAAGAGCUAAACCUGUCCUAUGCAACAAUAUAGUUUUCAUGCUAUUUAAAUACACUCUGAUUUGUAAUAUGUAUGGAAGGCCUGGAAAACACUGACGAAAUUGAAAGGUUCUUUUAAAUCCAGGUCAACAUUGUACAAACAUACCAAAGUCCACUUAAAACACGUGUUAAUGCACAAUAAAAUUAUCAAAAGUUUUAGAAAUAUAUGGGGAUAAAUUGAAGAUUCAGACUUUUACCACUCUUCCCAUUUCUUAGGCACAUUUCAAGAUUCCCCUUUGGAACAUCUGACUUUCCUUAGAAUUCCAUUGCAGAAGUCAAGGUCCUGAUUUUUUGAGAAUUAAUCUCAUAAUCAUUUGAGUUAACUCAAGCCUUUGGCAUACUAUAACUGACACAUACAUGAGAAUUUCUGUUGUUCCAGUAGUGUCUUAAAAACCAUGUAUCUAGUAUGAAUGUCAAACCUAGUAUCAGACAAUUUGAUGGAUAGAACCAAGGGUUAAAUUCUCAAAUGCCUAAACAUGUAGGCUCUUUCUAGCACUCUGAUUGAAUUUCCCUACAAUUUCUUUCUUAGAUAGUCAUGUUAUCCAGAAUGACACAAACAUCAAAUGUUAACAUCAGAAGGAAAUACAGGAAUGUAUAUCAUAGUGGUUAGAAAAAAAAAGCCCUCUAAUGACACAAAUGAGGAAACCAAGGCACAGAAAGAUCAACUAACUCACCCCGUCUUUGCUGCUGUUAUUAUUAUUGAAAAUAUGUUUUUAGUAAGUUGAGUACCCUUGAUUGCAGACAGUGAAAUCUUCAAUUUAAGAAAUGAAUAACUAUCCACAUUUCUCAAUACUUCUUUCCCCUAAUUUUUCAUUUGCAGAUAAACUUAGAACACGAAAAAACAUUUUCCCAUUGUGAGUUUUCAAAUGUCAGAAUCUUUUAUGUCAUUUCUCUCUUUUCUUAUACUUACCAGAAUAUUAAUGAUCGCACGAUGCUACAAGCAUCUCUCAAAUUAACCUUGACUUUCUUGUCUGCCAGAAAAGUUUAUCAAGUGGUGUUGAAGAAAGGCCAUGAUACAGGCACUCUUCUAGAAACUGUCCUUCUAAAUAAAGUUGUGAGCUUUUUCAGGGUCCAUAAAAUGUUUUUCACUUUUGUUACUAGUCCUUGGCACAGAGAGUAAAAUUUAGUAUUUUCACUUAGAACUUCCCGUCCCCAAAUUUCUAGCCCCUAAU